CAUAUACGUAUUGAACCCCACCUCUUUAAGGAAUACCUGGGAUAGGAUAAAGUAAUCCUUCUACCCCCCCUUACCCCAUUUAUUAAUGACAUUUUUACAUUAACACAAUUAGAUUUAAGAGGUACAAUUGAUUUUCUUCAUGCUUAUUAUAACGAAUCCAUUCGACUCAGUUGCACGACGUCAUCUAUUUGGGCACCAGGCGUGUCGGUAUAGCCUCUCCCCGGGCCGGAACUGACUGCGGAACUGCUUCGGACACAAAUUAAAAAUGCCAGAUGUCACGGUGUAUUGGUCAUGUUCGUUGUUUUUUAUUUCAAUUUUGCGUCCAGGGAUCGCGGCAGAAGUGUCCUUGUGGAAUGUCGACAUCAACUCAUCACAAAAUGCCGUCUUCAGGAAGACGUUGUAUGCCAACACAACCAUCUUCAUGAGGUUCCAGGGCGACUUGGCUUUAUGUGAUCCCACCCUGGCCUUCAACAUCAGCUGGUACCUCCGUUCCUCUAUCUGCUACAAUGAAGUCUUUAAUACUCCAGACAACAAGGCCCUGAGUAUGUUUGGUCUGGACAACAUGCUGAAGGAGGACUGGAGAGGUUCCUACAGCCAGGGAUACAUGUAUUUCGAAAACUGCUCUGUCCUCCUCCUACCCAAGGUGUACUACACUGACUUCAGCCCCCAUCAACCCCUCACCAGCCCACAGAGCGAGGAAGGCAGGCCUUCCAAUCAGAGCGCUCCACAGGGGUGGCUGGAAAAGCCGGAUGUAGGUGCCGUGGCCAAGGCGUGGUCCGAUAGCCCCUAUCUGUUUAUAGUGAAGGUACAGCCGCAGCAGCGCCCUGGAGCAGAGGAGGAGGAAGCUAAUGAUGUCCAGGGAAACUUGGCCUUAAUCAUGACCGUGGAGAUGAAGGGGCCUCGUGAAUACUCCUCCCCUGCAGACUGGCCUCUUAUGAUGUUCUACAUGGUGAUGUGUAUAGUGUAUGUGUUCUUCGGGGCGCUCUGGCUUUUCUGGUCGGCCUGUUACUGGAGGGAUCUGUUGAGGAUCCAGUUCUGGAUCGGAGGAGUCAUCAUCCUGGGCAUGCUGGAGAAAGCAGUCUUCUAUUCUGAGUACCAGAGCAUCGGCUACAGAGGAGACUAUGUCCAAGGUGCCGUGAUCUUUGCUGAGCUGCUGUCUGCUCUGAAGAGAUCUCUGGCUAGGGUCCUGGUGCUCAUUGUCAGUUUGGGCUACGGCAUCGUCAAACCCAGGCUGGGCACCACAGUCCACCGGCUGGCAGCAGUGGGUCUACUCUACCUGCUCUUCUCCUCUGUGGAGGGAGUGCUGCGCGUCACAGGAGGUUUCUAUGGGACUGUAGCCCUGGUGGCUAACCUGAGUCUCUCUCUCAUUGACUCCUGUGUCAUGUGGUGGAUCUUCAUAAGCCUGUCCCAGACCACUCGUCUUCUGAAGCUGCGUAGGAACGUGGUGAAGCUGUCUCUAUAUCAGCAUUUCACCAACACGCUCAUCUUCUCUGUCCUGGCUUCUAUAAUCUUCAUCAUCUGGACGACCAAAGUGUUUAAGCUGGUGGACUGCCAGACGGGCUGGAGGGACUUGUGGGUAGACGAUGCGUUCUGGCGUCUCCUCUUCUCCACCAUCCUCCUGGUCAUCAUGGUGUUGCUGCGACCCUCCGCCAACAGCCAGAGGUUCUCCCAUUCCCCUCUGAUCGAUGAAGACGAUGAGGAGGAUGAAGCAAAGGAACCCAUGCUGAAUGAAGCCUUUGAGGGGGUGAAAAUGAGAGGCACCAAGGCUGAGACUAACGGAUCCCAGUCACAGAAACUACUGAGUAAAGAGGAUGAGGACCUGAAGUGGGUCGAGGAGAACAUUCCCACAACUGUUGCUGACGUAGCUCUCCCAGUAAUGCUUGACGAGGAGGAGGAAAUUCUGAAAACCAAGAUGGAGAGAUCCAAAAUGGAAUGACCGAGUGGGGGGGGUUUCACUGAGGCAGCCAUUGAUGGAGUUAAAUGAAAUGACACAUCAGAUCCAAUAUUUAUGUACAACACUUUUUUUUUUUUAAUGUUCCUUCAUUCGGAGCUCUGCCAUGCAGCCUCUAAUAAACUCUAUGGAUGUACCAAAUGUCACUCUAUUCCCUGUGUAGUGCACUACUUUUGUUUCCUUUUAUAGUGCACUACUUUAGACCAGGGCCUACAUAGUGCGCCAGUCGGCCAUGAUGCUGUAUCCUCAGAGAGAUAGGAGUGACAAGUCGACGGAUAUAGAGCCAAUAGUAUCUCCUUUCUCUUGAAGUGUACACUCGUUCACUACCGCCCAUAAUAAAUCUAAACGCAUUGGAUUGGUGGAGGCAUGGACUAGUUUCCACCCAUUUUCCUUUCAAAUCAGUGAAGGGAAGUGAACAAGUGCACACUUUGGGAGGAAGGAGAGAUCAUUGGGACAUAGCCAGGGAGGGAGGGAGUUGAGUGAGCUAGGCGAGCAGCAUUGCUGUAGGGUGAUGUACUGCAUGUAUUAUAUUUGUGACCAUGUGAAGAUUUGCAGUUUUGGUAAAUCUAGGGCGCGCAUCCCAAAUAGAUCCCUAUAUAGUGCACUACUUUUGGCUAGGGCCCUGGUCAAAAGUAGUGCGCUAAAUAGGGUGCCAUUUGGGACGCGCCCCCCGUCACUUGGCCCAGGGAGUCGGUCAGGCUGCCAUUGCCACCUGUCUAUAUUCGUAUUGACACACACACACAUAGUGCAGUCUGAUAAUUUGUCUUAAUAUUUGCUAAAUGCAUUAUUAUGUGUCACCGUGGGGCUUUUCAUAUGUCCGUUUCUGCCCACUCAAUCCUGCCUCCACCUCCCAAGAUUAAUUAAUUUGGAAGUCCCCCAACCCCUGGCACAGUGUGAUCUACUGCAAUAUGGCUGUGGAUUCACAGGCAGCCCAACUCUGAUCUUUUGCCAAUAAUUAGGCAAAAGAUCAGAAUUGGGUUGCCUGUUGAAACGCAGCCCAUGUGGCCAGACUAGGGCCCAACUGGCCCAGUAAUUUAUUCCACAGACAGCAUAUGGUUUUGCAUUGUUAAAUUGUCAUGCAUCCCAUUGUUUCUUUUGUUUUGCAGGAAAUAAGGAAGGUAUCUAAUGUACUGUAAAAAGUGGGUCUGCGUUGUAAUUUCUUUGUUACAUUAUUGUAUGCCUUUUUGCUGUUUGUUCUGGGAUUAAAGUUUAUAUUAAAAACCU